AUGACUACUGCCCUAUCUGAACAGUUUGUCCACCUUCUGAGAAGGGUAUCUUCAAGCCUGCAGAAGAGUCUACAGCGUUUUAACUCAGAUCUACGUUCUGAACUUGAUUGGGACAUUGAAACGGACGCAGAUAACACACAGGUGAAUAACUUGGCUUCCACAGAUCAAUCCACCGAUGACUACGACAGUAACGAUGACGGUGAUACCGAAAGUCCGGACGAUGAAGAUGAUGAUGAAGAAGAAGAAGAAGAAGCGGAAGACGUUGCGGAGCCUAACAGUGCCAAUUGCUGUCUAUUCUGUUCCUUCUUUGAAUGCAUCACCUUCUGCCAGAUGCCGAAAAAGCCGUUUGAUGCGAUCUACUACCGCCUACAGGCCUUCAUUAACCAGUGUCCCACUGGGUGUCCAACCUGCAUCCCGAAGCGCCAUGAGGAGGAGUGGCGCAAUCCGAAACUGUACGGACAGCGAUUUGCCAUGUGUUACUGUUGCACCCGGCCUGGUGGUAUCAUAUUAAUCAAGUACCUCGACUGCAUCCUCUGUCCCCUGUGUGUCAUCUGGGACACAAUAAAGGGCGCAGAUUACGGUUACCGCAGAUUUCGAGUACAGGCCAGAAUCCACAGACACUAUGAGAGUGAGACAGUCGUCAAUACCUGGUGGGUGUGA